ACUUACUAAACAUUUAUGUGUUUUGUUGCAGAACUGGCUUGUGUAAAGCCAAAAAUCCCAAAUGGAUUUGCUAUUGGUCCACAUGACAACACGGUGUAUUACUCCUGCAAUCAAAACUACAAGCUGUUCUCCAAAGCCUGGUGGGGUGUGGCCAAAUGUAGUAAUGGGAAGUGGUCAACACUUCAAGAAUGUAUUGAAAUAACUGAAUGUGGAGAAACUCCUGAUAUUUCUAAUGGGAGAGUGGCAUCUAUAGAUAAACAACGUGCAACAAUUACUUGCAACGAAGGAUAUCAGGCGGAAAUUAAUGAGAUAAUUUGUGACUUCGGAGAAUGGGAUUUGGAUGAAAGGAACUAUACAAAUGUUUGUAGACGCAUUUCUGAACCGUGUGACCCACCACAACAAGUUCAGAAUGCAGUCAUUGAAACGCCUUAUCAGAGGGAAUACGUUUCUGGUUCACAAGUCAUUUAUAAAUGCAGUGACAAUUACAAGUUGGGAAAUGACAAGGCCAUCAGAUGUCUUAAUGGACUAUGGGAGGAGAAGAAGAUUUCCUGCACCCCAUUCUGUAAAGAGCUUGAGGAUAGUAAGUUGAAUGUUGAGCAGUCAUUAAGAAGAGGAGAAUACAUGAAUGGAGACACUAUUGACUACAGCUGUGCUCAUGCUGAGGAAAAUGAAGGCACUGCAACUUGUUAUGAGGGCAAAUGGAAUAAAACAAUUGAAUGUCCAGGUUAGUAUUUUAUAUUUUUAUAUUAUCCAUACAUACGCUUGGACUGGGGCACUGUUGAUGAUGUUAACUACCUAAUAUUUUAUGAAGGUGUCUAUUUGCACGUAAUUU